UUUUUGUCGUCUUUUUCGAUCUUGGGGGUUGUUUGAAAAUGAUUGAGAAACCCACACUCGCACUGCAGCAGCAACGGAACCACCCCCACAUUUCCAUCAUCCUAUUCUUGUUGUUGUUGUCCGCUCUCGACAACGUCCAGCUUAUGGAGGAAAAAAAAAAGUUGUCGUGUUACAACUGUACACACCAAUAUAAUCAAGCCAAAUGAUACGUUCCCUACUCCGCCCAUCUCCGAAUCCGAGCCACGCUUCUAGUGCGGCUCGGUGUCUGUUUGCUGGUGCAUCAUCCCAUACCUCAACGACACACGAACGCCUCAGAAGAGGCUUCCACAACUCGCCGGCUUGGCAUAACCAGUCACAAAGGUCACCGUCCAGCAAGACAGUAAUCAGAUGCGAUAAAUAUGAUAAAGUCAUGCGAAAAGGUUACGCAGUGUCCUCAAUUGAAAAAAAACAUUCAAAUAGAACAGUCUCUCAGCCAGUGACUGGUUUAGAAACAUACGACGUAGAAGACUGGUGGGAGAAGUGGCACCCCAUCGCACGAGCAGAAACCAAGCCACCUUGCAUAUUCCGCAAGGAUGCGCAGGGCCGUUCCCUCUACAACCCUUACACUGGUAGUCUGGUUUCCUGGCAGAUUCGCGAGACCGUUGAAGGUUUCCUAGCACGCACUAAAAACGUUGAGAAAGGUUUCAUCCGGGUCGCCAACCCUUAUGCGCCGCCACGCUGGAAGCCAGCCUGGGAGACCUACAGCAAGGCCGGCGAGGAGCGACUGAGGAUGUUUACCGAUUUCAUCAAGUUCUACGGCUACGGCAACGAGGCCGACGGAAAGCGAGAUUUGGGCAACAUAAUAACGGAGCGGGCGGAGGUUAUGAGGAACCUCACCCGUCUGGCCGACGCUUGCAAACUAAGGGCCGGCAAGUGGUUACUAUACAUACCGCCUGACCGGGUGGAGGAGGUCUGGAGGAAGAUCGCCACGGCCACGGUGAAAAACGAGCUGGGGUCGGAAGCGGGCCUGAGGCGCGGUGGCAUGACAAGUAGGCCACAAUUGGAAGGCGGGCUGGUGAAGGUCUACUCCAGAGACUUCCGAGACAAGGCGGAGGCUGCGAGGCUGCUGGAGAAGCUUGAGAAGCUCGGGGCCCUCGAUCCGAAUAAAGAAUAUUAUUACAAGUCUGAUGCCUUGUCGCAUCUGAAUCUUUAUGCCCAUAAUCAAUGGGGUCUGAAAACUUCACUGUACACCUCGACUGAAUGCUGGGAGCUACUAGAAGCUAUGAAUAGAGAACAGGAUGUGCCGGUAUGAUAGGUAGCUCUCGAAGUAUUUGUUGGACUGAUGGCUGGCGAGGCAACGAUAACUGGAGAUAUCAAGGCUGAACAAGCGUUAUUGAGCGAGACAACAGUGUCAAGGGGCCUAACUCUUUGAUGGCAGUGGACAUGAAUAUCUGACAAUCUGAUGG